GCAAUAAUGAUGCAGAGCAACCGGAUGACGACGUCGUUGAAGAUGACAAACCUGCUGCUAGCACUGGCCUGCGCCGCCGUGCUGAUGGGAUCGUCGCUGGCGGAGGAGGAGGAGGUAUCCAUGACCGUGGACGAGGUGGUGGAGCUGAUAGAGCCCUUCGGCGAAGGCUGCACCCCCAAGCCGUUGAGGGAGAACAUCGUCGAGAUGGUGCUGAACAAGGAGGACGCCAAGCACGAGACCAAGUGCUUCCGCCACUGCUUGCUGGAGCAGUUCGAGCUGAUGCCCGAGGGUCAGCUGCAGUACAGCGAGGACAAGACGCUCGAGAUGAUCAACAUGAUGUUCCCGGACCGCGAGGAGGACGGCCGGCGCAUCGUCAGGUCCUGCAACGAGAAGAUGAAGGCGGAGCAGGACAAGUGCGAGGCCGCCCACGGGAUCGGCAUGUGCAUGCUCCGCGAGAUGCGCUCCUCGGGCUUCAAGAUUCCCGAGAUCAAGGAAUGAGGUCACUGGGCUGCUCACUGGCCCACCAUUGCAUGUUCUCCUCUUUUUUUUUUGUUAGUGAUUCAGUUCGAUUUAAUUACCAAAGCUCGAGAACCUGGAGUGGUUUCCUAAACUAAUAAAGCGCCCAACCAACGAA